ACAGUCUGUACUGGUCAUAAUCGAAGCAGAAACUAGAAGUAGAACUAAUGCAACCCAUCAGAAACCUAAAAAACAAAAGAAAAAGCUUUCAAAUCAAAUCUCUUUAGGGUUCUCCUUUUCAUUUUUCUCUUCAAAAUCAGUCUCUGCAUUAUCAUUUUCUCUGCCUUUCACAUUUCCCAAUUCGUCCCUCUCAAAACACACUCCAAUCCCAUCUCUCUCGUUUUCAAAUUUUUUCUCAUUAUUAUCCAAAUCAAAGGACCCGUGAGAUGAACCUAAACAAUUGGUGAGAUCUAAAGAGGGAACUUUAAAGAGAGAUAAUGCCAAGGCAAAGCAGGGCCGCCAUGGAAGAAUUGCUACCUGGAAAAAUCAGGAAACGUGGGUGUUCUUCUUCAGCGUCAUCUUCUUCUUCCAUUAUUCAAAACUAUAGAUUCAAGAGAGCGAUUUUAGUAGGGAAAAGGGGUGGAUCCAGUACGCCUGUGCCUACGUGGAAGCUGAUGGGGACGGCGAGGACUCCAUCAUCUGCAUUGCGGGCCAUGGACUCUCCAAAGUACGCUGCGUCCCAAAACGGCGGCGUUAUCAAGGGGAAGUUACAUCAGCAGCAGCAGGCGGCCCCAGUUUCAGCGAGAAAGCUGGCGGCGACGCUGUGGGAAAUGAAUGAGAUGCCGUCACCGAAAAUGAAAGAAAUGGUGCGUUCAGAAGAGAGGAGGUUAAGGAAGGAGGCGAGAGCUAGAGAGAAAGCGACCAGGUCUGUGCAUUCGGGUUCUUUGCCUCCCCAUUUGUCUGAUCCAUCUCAUAGUCCUGUAUCAGAGAGGAUGGAGCGAUCUGGAACUGGUAGUCGUCACAGAAGAGCAUUAUCAAUUUCUCAAAGGCUUAGGCUCACAGACCACAAUGUUGGAGCAUUUGAUUCUGUUAGCAAUGCCAGUUUAAUGGAGAUUGAAACUAGAUCUCGAGCCCAAACUCCUAAUGGAUCUAUAGUUGGAAGUAAGACUCGUUUGAAGGAUGUCAGUAAUGCAUUGACAACGUCUAAAGAACUACUUAAAAUUAUCAACCGUGUGUGGGGAAAUGAAGAUCGGCCUUCAUCAAGCAUGUCUCUCAUCUCAGCCCUACAUGCUGAGCUUGAGAGAGCUCGAUUGCAAGUCAAUCAUCUUAUCCAAGAACAGCGCUCGGAUCAGAAUGAGCUAAACUAUUUAAUGAAGUGCUUUGCUGAAGAAAAGGCAGCAUGGAAAAACAAGGAGCAAAAAGUGGUUGCAGCUGCUAUUGAGUCCAUUGCUGGGGAACUUGAGGUAGAGAAGAAGCUGAGGAGACGGCUUGAAAGCUUGAACAAGAAGCUUGGGAAGGAACUAGCUGAGACAAAGUCUUCUCUGUUGAAGGCAGUGAAAGAGCUUGAGAAUGAGAAGAGAGCAAGGGUUGUGAUGGAGCAAGUAUGUGAUGAACUAGCCAGGGAUAUAGGUGAAGAUAAAGCUGAAGUUGAAGAACUUAAGAGAGAAUCCGUAAAACUCUGUGCAGAGGUUGAGAAGGAAAGAGAGAUGCUGCAGUUGGCUGAUGUGUUACGUGAGGAGAGAGUCCAGAUGAAACUUUCAGAAGCUAAAUACCAACUCGAGGAGAAGAAUGCAGCUGUGGACAAACUGAGGAGUCAACUUGAAGCUUUUUUAGGAACCAAAAGAAGCAAAGAAAAAGGUCGCAGUUCUUAUCAUAUGAAUGAUGAAGAUAUAGUAGCGUAUUUAAAUAAAUCUCGUCCUGUGGCCCAUCAAAAUGAAGUAAAUGAGGAUGAUGGAGGAGAAGUAGAAGAUGGCUUAGAAUGUGAAGAUGACUCGGGUGAAAGUGAUCUUCAUUCCAUAGAAUUGAAUAUGGACAACAAUAAUAAGAGCUACAAAUGGACUUAUCCUUCUGGAACUCCUCGUGAUUUGAGAAAGGCAGCAAUUGAUGAAGAAGAAACCAAAGGGAGGAAGUCUACCUCCAGCAAAGUACCUAGAAGAAGUACUUCUCUGCAAAGGAGCAUAUCAGAUGGAGUUGAAUGGAGCGCACAAAAUGAGAGGCUCUCAGUUACAGGAGAUGGGAUAGACUGGGGAGGAUUAUCUGAACUUGAAAGGCAUUUGCAAGGAAAAGGUUACGGAGAUGAAAUGCUUGGGCAUCAAUCAGUUAAAGGUCUCAGGGACUAUUUGUUGUCUGGUUCUAGAGUAGAUUCUGCAAGAGGAUAUGCUAGUCCUACACGGCAAGUGGGGCAGCGGCCUUCCCGAGAUUCCAACAAUGCAAUUCAAGAUAGACCUCCAACAGCGCCAGGGAAUGCUUCAAAAUCAAGGCUAGGUGAGGGUGUAAUUGGAAGAAAAUCCAAAUGGUGAACAAGACAGUGGACUAGUUUCUGAGGCAUCGACUGAGAGGCCUAGUGCAAAAAGAAUAGGCAGUGAGAGGUAAUGUUUUUGAUAAUUUAUGCUGGUUUGCAAUCGUCAGAGCUGAAGCUGCAGCAAUCGCUGCUAAAGCAUGAAUUUGACUUUUGGCAAUUAGCAAGAACAGUUGUGUUUAUAGAGUUCUUGUAGAAGGUUGUGAUCUUUCAGCCAAGUUUCUCCUGUACAGAAACUUCUGGCGCAAUUGAGUCUUAACAUGCUAGAAGCAUUUAAUGUAUUCCAUGAGCCUGUGAUGUGUCUUCUUCUUCUCUAUUGUUUUCACUGUCCUUUAA